AUGGAUAGGAAAGUUAUGUAUGAGCAGUUGGUAAGGAAGAAAAGGAGAACAGCAUAUUACGGAUUAACAAACUUCCGUCCAAUUGUGGGAGAAGAUCUUCUUUCAAACUUUAAGGAGUCACUAAGUAAAAAAAGAAGGCAAUGGAAAGUAGAGCAUAAGAAAGGUAAUAGAGCUAUGAAGAUGAUGCAAAUUGUAAAUUUCGAAUCAAUCCCAGAAUGUUUUCCCUCCUAUGAAAAUACUUUGUCUUUAUUAAAUCGUUUUUUUGAAAGUAUAUGGUACAGGGCAUUUCCUUUGAUAAAUCAAGGUACUAUCUUAGGGGAUUUUAUGGAAAUAUUUCAGAACAGUAAUGGAAAAGUGACUGCUCGAAAUAUGGAGCAGGUUCAAUAUUCACGUAUUGCACUAAUAAUGCUUUUAGUCGAAUAUUCGAUACAAGAAGAUGAAAUAGAGGAUAAAAAUUUGUAUGAUGUAAGUGAUAAACUACUCAACCAUGCGACAAGCUUGUUAUUUCAAGGAAAUACUUUAAAAUUUUCAACUGUUCCUACAUUGCAAGCAUUGAUACUAUUGAGACUACAUAAAAAAUAUAAUUUGAGAGAUAAUGACGGAGGAGAUGGCUCAAAUGGGACGCUUUUGCAUUCUUUAUGUAUCAAUAUGGCAAUAAAUAUGGGAUUUCAUCGAAGCAUAGAUUCCUUAUAUGCUGCAGAGAGCUUGACUGCAAGAAGAACCAUAAAAAAAAUUUGGUUAUUUUUGCUUCAUAUUGAUGCAUUGAAUUCAGUAGACAUAGGAAUCCCUCUCCAUAUUCACGAUGACUACUUUAAUGACACAAUAUUCGAGGAGCAAAAUUAUAUGCCGAUAGAUUUUAUAAAAACAAUCAGAUUUUGCGCUGCUAAGCUAAGUAAACUGGAGGUGGUUGUUGGCGAUUUACUUAGUUGUAUACAGAUACUUAAAAAGUUCAUCCGCUCAGCUUCAUCGCAAUCAAUAUUACAAGACUUUUAUGCUAAUAGCUUAGAGACAUGUGAUGCUGAAAAAUACAAAGACAUAGUUGUCCGAUUUUUCAACAUAUUACCCCUGUUUUCUAUUCUCCUGAAUUGUUACCAGAUUGUCUGUCUGGAUAGGGAAAACUUUAGAGAUGAAUCUACGAUGAAAAGGUUUCAAUACUCUGUUACAAGGUAUAACAUGUUGAUACUUGUAUCUCUCGGUGGAUUUUUAUUGUCCUUGAGAAGGACAUUCAAAAUUUCAAUUCGAUCUCUCUGGUCUCAGAUAUUCUUAUUAGGUAUAGGAGCUUCAAAGCAAGUUUGUAUAAGACCAUUAAUAUCAUGUGUGCAAUCAAUGACUAGAUUCACCAAUUUACAACUGGAAGGAAAGACAUAUGAUUUAAAGAUGUCCAAUGUUUUAAGUUCUUCGAACCCGGAGGAGGAAAUAAUUGAACGAACUACAUGUUCUUUGAAUGAUCCGAUGGUCUUAAAUAAGGGUAUCGUAUUCUUUUUACGUGGUGCAGUUGAUACUCCUAAAGUCCUUUCUAAACAUGCUGAUGACUAUGCUAUUAGUAUAUUAGAUUUUGGUUACAGCAUAUUUGUUGAGGCUUAUACCAAAAAGUUUGAGCAAUUCAAAGAUAUCAAAGAGAGCAUUUCUAUGGACUUCGAGGGUUAUUUCAAUAUACCAUCUAGCGAGGAAUGCAACCUUUCGAUCUCAAAUCGCGAAGAGGAUCCCCUGAUUCUCAUGGAGAGUAUUCAGUGGACAAGUGACCAUGUCUUAGAUCAGUGGGAUGAUUAUUUUUUAUAUGAUCUUUUUUAA